AUAUCAUGAGAAUUGAUUUCUUGCAAAUCAAUUCAACUUAUUUAUAUGUUAUGUCACAUAAUCGCUUAUCAAGAAAAUUAUGCUAAAUCUACUGAUUAACUAACUAUAUGAUUCAACUAUAAAUAUUUAUCAUGAGUUUUUGUUUAUGUUACGAAAUAUGUUCAUUACACAUCUAAUAAUAUAUUAAUUCUAGCAUUCUCAUUACUAUAACUGGUGUACGAUCCACGCCUUAUUUUAAACCGUUAGAUGAUGAUGAGACUUACCGGAUCUUACGGUAAGUCAUCUACAUCAGAUUUUAACUUCUUUCUUCUCCUUUCCCGCACCACCAAAAACUACCACCGCUCACGGUCGUUCUAUUCUCCGACGGAGAUGGAUUCAUCUGAUUUUAGCAUUCGCGGUUGUUGCGUCUGGUUUUUUUCGCGAAAACCCUGGCGCGAUGGCUCUAGCCUGUGCCGACGGUGACGUCACCGUAUACGUUAGCACCGUCAUCGCCGAUGAAAAAUAUCGGCAAUGUAGGUCGCUUAGUCUUCACGCUUCACGCGCGUGAAAGAUUACUCAGAGGGAAUACUAAGCAGUUUCUUGACAGGAGAAGGUGAUUGAAUGGCAAAAGUUUGUUGGCCAUACUUUGAUCCUGAGUAUGAGAACUUCAGCAACAGAAUCAACCCUCCAAGGGUCUCUAUGGACAAUGAUAGUUGCCAUGAUUGUACAUUGAUCAAGAUUGAUAGUGUCAAUAAACCAGGAAUUCUGCUGGAAGUCGUGCAAAUCCUAACAGACCUUGACUUCAUUAUCACCAAAGCUUACAUAUCUUCUGAUGGUGGAUGGUUUAUGGAUGUAUUUCAUGUCACGGAUCAGCAAGGAAAGAAGAUAACAGACAUCAAAAUUAUCGACUUCAUUGAAAAGGCUCUAGGACCAAAGGGCCGCAAAAGCACAGAAGGUGGGAAAAGUUGGUCAGACAAACGAGUUGGUGUGCACUCUGUUGGUGAUCAUACAGCCAUUGAGCUCAUUGGUAAGGAUCGCCCAGGUCUCUUGUCAGAGAUCUCAGCUGUCCUUGCAAGCCUCCAAUUCAACGUGAUUGCAGCUGAAGUUUGGACUCAUAACAGGCGAAUAGCAUGUGUUCUCUAUGUCAAUGACGCUACAAACCAAGCUAUGGAUGAUGACCCAAAAAGGUUAUCUAUUAUUGAGGAGCAGCUCAACCACAUCCUACGAGGAUGUGAGGAUGAUGAGAAAGUGGCUCGAACCAGUUUCUCCAUGGGUUUCACCUUCACCCACAUGGACAGAAGGCUCCACCAAAUGUUGUUUGCUGAUAGGGAUUAUGAGAGUGCUGGAGUAACCACAACAAAUGUUGAUUGUCCUCCCUCUUUCAGGCCAAAUAUCAGAAUAGAACGUAUCGAGGAAAAAGGCUACUCAGUUGUUAGUGUGAAAUGCAAAGAUCGUGCAAAAUUGAUGUUUGACAUUGUCUGCACUCUCACUGACAUGGAAUAUGUUGUUUUUCAUGCCUCAAUCUCAUCUGACGGCCCUUAUGCAUCACAGGAGUAUUUCAUCAGACACGUGGAUGGGUGCACACUUGACACUGAAGGGGAGAAAGAAAGGGUCGUCAAAUGCAUUGAAGCUGCUAUUCAAAGAAGAGUAAGCGAGGGUGUGAGCCUUGAGCUGUGUGCAAAGGAUAGAGUGGGCUUGCUGUCUGAAGUGACUAGGAUUCUACGAGAGAAUGGCUUGACAGUUUGUAGGGCAGGUGUAUCAACCAUUGGAGAGAAAGGACUAAAUGUUUUCUAUGUAAGAGAUGCAUAUGGAAACCCUGUGGACAUGAACAUUAUUGAUGCGUUGCGUAAAGAAAUCGGCCAGACUGUAAUGGUCAAUGUGAAGAAGGUACCAGCCCACACGAAAGCGCCAGAAACAUCCCGAGGAUGGGCUAGAGUAAGCUUCUUCUUUGGGAACUUGUUGGAAAGGUUCUUGAACUAAUUAGAAUGAGUUGAGAAUCAUGCACCUGAUUCUGGUUGAUGUGAUUUGUAAAUUACACAACACAAUUGUAUUUACAAGAAUAAAGCUGUUGUGUGUCAAAUUUGGACAGUGCUUAAACUUGGUCCUUUUGUUUCAAACCUAACAAUACUUGUAAGAUGUAACUUGUGUUCCCUCUUCUCUAUCAUGUCCAUCGCUCAUGUAUCAUGUUUUAAUUUCAGUUUUUAGUGUCUUUUGAGACUCGUGAUGGUGUGGAACAAAUUAACAAAUUAGUUCCGCUGAAGGCUUCAUUGUUUAUAUGGCGAUUGUUGAUCAACAAAUUACCAUCAAUGGAGAUUUUGCUUCAUCCUAGUAUUUUAAAUGAUAGUUCUUUGUAAAGUGACA